AUGAGCUUAGCACCGUCUGAUCAUAUAUCAACACUCUGGUGCCAUUCUGAGGGGUUAGCCAGAUUGCUCUAUUCUCCAGACGGUAAUAAGCUAUAUACAGCGGGAAAUGAUUCAAUGUUGAGAGCAUUCAGUUUGAAUCCUGACAAGUCACUUGGAGAAUCUCAGGUUAUUGACGCACACACUGAUUCUAUACAAUCAAUACAACAUACUAAAGACGUCUUGAUAACAGCUUGCGAAGAUGGUUGCGUCAGGAGUUUCGAUUUAUCAGACAACAGCUUCAAGGAGUUGGUAGUCAAGUCUGCAUUGGCAGCUAGAUGGAUUGGAGUUGAGAAUGUCAGGGGGAAAGCGAGAAGAAUAGCAUUAGCAUCUGAUGAGCUUAUCGUAAAGGUUGUCGAUUUGAACGACCACCUGAGAGUUAGUUUAUUACAAGGACAUACAAAGUCUGUUAGAAGCGCGACUUGGUCACCAUUAGGAGGCGUUUUAGCUACAUCGAGUUGCGAUGGUUCAAUUAAGAUAUGGAAAGAGAAGAACAGUCAGUUUGAAUGCAUAAAGACCAUCGAUGGUAUUAUCAAAGCUGACGACCCUGAAUCUGAGUAUGGUGUGGCCGCUAAUUGGCAUCCGUCUGGUAAAUUUAUUGUAUGUACUACACGUACACAUGAUAUUGCCAUAAUAGAUACCGAAAAUUACAAGAAAAUCGGUUCACUUUCACAGGAUGGACAUACCUCAGAUGUAGCUGAGUUGAGUUGGUCGCCUAAUGGAAGGUACCUCGCAAGUUCGGGUAAAGAUGGCUAUUUGAUCAUCUGGUCAAUUGAUGAUAGAAGACCAAUAUCGAAGACAAAAUGUGAUGCACUCAUAACAUCCAUCAGUUGGCAUCCUACAGAGAACGUCUUAGCAUUCAUCGAUACUUCCGCAUCAGCAAGUAGAUGGCUGAAACCUAUCCCAGAAGCUGCUGAAUCGCCUUGUCUUGGUAAAAUAUUAUACGCUGAUGAAACAAUGGCAAUGCAGCAACAACCUAGCGAAGAAAUUGAUGCUAGCAAAGAUGAUGACCUUAUUCUCAAGGAAUUGGAAGGAGAUGAUGGAGAAGAUCUUGACGAUUUUGCCAUCGAUGAUGAUGAACCGCUCGAUAAAGUGGUAGAUAAACCAAGACCUGGCGCAACGGUACAAUUUGAUCCAGGUCAACGUCCAUUCCAACCUGGUAGUACACCUCAGCGACUCGAUCGUCGUUAUUUGGCAUUCAACAUGUUGGGUGUUAUACACUCUGUUGAUCAAGAUACCCACAAUUUAGUCACCGUCGAAUUCCAUGAUAAGAGCGCCAGACGUGGUUACAGUUUCCAAGAUCAUUUCAAGAGUUCUCUUUGUGCCCUUGGUGAGGAAGGUGCCUUGUACGCUUCUACGGGUAACACAUCAAUGAUAGUAUAUAAGCCAUUUGACAGUUGGUCAUCUCAACAAGAUUGGAGCACUCGCUUACCUGAUGGUGAAUCAGCAUCUAUUCUCGCUUGUGGUUCAAAAUUUGUCGUCGUUUCUACAAGCAAAAACUAUUUACGCUUCUUUACUACAUCUGGUAUACAGAGAUAUGUUAUAAAUUACGGUAAGGAUGUUGUCACAGCCAGUGCUGGUAAACAAUACUUUGUUGCUGUUUCUAGAUCAUCAGGUGGCGCUAGCAAUGGUUAUCAGAAUCUUGUUUAUGACGUUAUUGAUCUGUCUACUUUUGAAUAUGUUCAAAGUGGUACUGUUCCUUUAGCAAAAGGCGUCGAAAUUACUUGGUUGGGAUUCUCUUCUGAUAUUGACGUUCCCGUUAUGUACGACUCUAACGGCUUGUUAUCCAUACUUGACAAGUUUGCCACUCCAAUGCAAGCGCGUUGGGUGCCUUUGUUAGAUACAAACACACUGGAGCGUCGUCAAGAUAAAGAUGAGAGAUAUUGGCCAGUGGGUGUAACUAAUACCCAAUUGAUGUGUAUUAUAUUGAAGGGUUCAGAACAAUAUCCAUACUUCCCUAGACCACUUAUUUCUGAAUUGGAUAUAAAGAUACCACUGUUGGGAAUGGAUAGCCAACAAGGACAAUUAGAAGAGAGCGUAAUGAGAGACAGCUUAUUGUUGAAUCACGCUAGAGACAGUAAUGAAGAGGAUGAGUUCGAGGAAGAAAUCAAGCAGCAUGAAAUACAGAUAGACAAGGGUAUACUUCAACUCAUUAACACUGCCUGCAAAGCAGAUAAACUGCAGCGUGCAUUAGAUGCAGCAGCAAUGUUAAAUCAAUUCACUUCGAUAGACGCUGCUAUGAAAAUUGCCGCUUUCUUCCAUUUACCUAGUUUACAAGAUAGAAUAUACCUCCUCAAAGAGGACAAAAUUAGCCAGCGGGAGAGAAAGCAGAACACUAAGAAAAUUAGUUAUAAAGACAGAGUUAUGAGCAGACCAUUGUCUACUAUGCCAAUAUCACAAACCAACCAAAAUAGCAAUACAGCACCUGCAUUUCCAGCAAGGAAACCACACAUGAGGAGAAGGUUUGAUGCGCCAGUUGAAGAUGUAGAUAUGGAUAGUAUUGCCAACGAAACUCAGGAAGUAGUCGAUGUGGGAAAUAGCGUUGUUGAUGAUGAUGAACCUAUUGCAUUCAGUGAUGACGAUGAUGUCGACGUUGAAGCUAAUGCAGAAUCGUCCUCAUCAAAUAAACGUAAAGUUGACGCUAUUGACGAUUCACAGAUGACUUUCUCUCCUCCCGAAAGCAGCAAAAUUAGACUGUCUAAUGAAGCCCUCCCUCCACCUCCUAUUCCUGGUAUGGCAUCACAGCAGCCAUCAAUGCAAGCUAAUCCAUUCGCUAAAUCCGCCAAUCCAUUUGCUAAAGCUCCGACAGAUAAUAGCACAACAUUGAAAAAGGGCAGUAUACACCAAUCUGAUUCCUUCUUCGAGAGAGCCGAUAAACCUAUGAACAAGAAGAAAGCAGCAAGCAAGAAGCAAUCAUCCCUUUUAGGCCACUUCAAGAAGCCUGAAGAGGGUGGUCUUCACGAACGAGAUGAGAAUAGUGCAAUUGAUAGUGAAGAACCAAGGGAGAAAACGUCGACUAGAGAAAAACUGGAGAAAUUCCGGGCCAAAAACCAUACCGCAUCCCAGGAUCAAGAAUCAGAACAAGUUGAACCAAUUGAACAAGUCGAGUGAAUUUAAAUAGCCCAGUCUAUGUAUUAUAAUAUAAAUAAGUAAAAUACAAUAAUAUCUGCAUAUUAAUCUAAACGUUUAAAAUCUUUUUUGCUUUUUGCUCCUGUUCUUGUUUCCACUAACAGUCUUUGGAAGGUUGGCAACAUCUUCGUCCAUAUCCAUAUCGUCUCUUGAUGAGUGUUUGCCUUUGCGUUUCUUUUGUUGGGAUUCGCGAAGUUCUACAGCUGCAAUACGUGAUGCUUCAUUUACGCGUUCUACUAAGAGAGGUACGGCUUGUUUGUCAUGAGGGAACUCCUCCAUUUUAACGUUGAUUGCUUUUUCAAUACGUUGGAGUAAUUCCACAUCGUAUUGUGUUACUAAUGUGAUUGCCUUACCACUUCUACCAGCUCUAGCUGUUCUACCUACUCUAUGGAUGUAAUCUUUGGAGUUGGAUGGCGUAUCGUAGUUAACGACGUAGUCUACACUUGGAAUAUCCAAUCCACGGCUAGCUACAUCAGUGGCGACGAGAAUGUUUCUACCACCAGCUUUGAACUUGUUGAGAGCACCGAGACGUGAUGAUUGACUGAGUUGUCCAUGUAAUGGGAUAGCUGGGAAACCUAAGUUACGAAGAAUGAUCGAUAUGCGCUGAGCAUCAACAACAGUUCUGGUGAAGAUGAUCAUUGAAUGACCAGCAACUUCGUUAGCGAGGUAAACUAAGUAACUAUCUUUCAUCUUGAAUGGGAAGAAAAGGUAAUGCUGCAACAAAGUAGAGACUGUUUGAUAUUUGUCACUCACUUCAACUUUAACUGGAUUUGAGAGUGAUGCUCUUUGUAAUUUCGCAACUUUAGUUGUCAUAGUAGCCGAAAACAACAUUGUAGUUCUCUCUUUUGGUAGUAUUUUCAACAAUUUGUCUAUAAUUGGACCGAAAUCCAUAUCCAACAAUCUAUCAGCUUCAUCCAUAACGAGGAACUUUAUAUUACGAAGGGAGAAACCCUUUGUGUUCUCCAAAUGAUCAUGUAAUCUACCAGGUGUUGCGACAAUAAUGUGAGGUUUUUUUGAGAGAGCUAUGGACUGGGUCAUCAUAUCCAUACCACCGACGAUAGUAGCAGUACGUAAACCGAUGUUAGAACCAAGAGCUUCGAAUUGUUCAGAGAUCUGAUAAGCCAAUUCUCUCGUUGGUGCAAGAACACAACAGAAGUAUGGAGCAGGAUUGUCAUACAAUAAUUGUAUAACUGGGAGUGCAAAAGCAGCAGUUUUUCCACUACCAGUCUGGGCCAAUCCUAUAAUAUCCCGCGAUUGGAGUGAGUAUGGGAUAGAUUGCUGCUGGAUUUCUGUCGGUUGUUUGUAUCCCAGGCGUUCACAAUUUUUUACUAAAUCGUCGAUUAAAUUCAAAUCUUUGAAACUGACUUCUGCCAUAUCUUCUU